GGGAGGUGGAGUGUGAUUGUCGUUAUGGCUUCUGUGGUAAGGAAAAUCAUCAGCACUGCUAAGGCUCCUGCGCCACUGGGUGCCUACAGCCAAGCAGUGCUUGUAGACCGGACCAUGUACAUUGCAGGACAGAUAGGUAUAGAACCUUCCAAUGGGCAGCUUGUCUCUGGAGGUAUAAAGGAAGAAACUAAGCAGGCGUUUAAAAAUUUGGGAGAAAUCCUGAAAGCUGCAGGCUGUGACUAUAGCAAUGUUGUGAAGACCACAGUUUUUCUGGCAGACAUUAAGGACUUCAAUGAUAUGAAUGAAAUUUAUGGACAAUUUUUCAAAUCAAACUGCCCAUCCAGAGUAUCCUUUCAGGUUGCUGCUUUGCCAAAAGGUGCCCGGGUUGAGAUUGAAGCUAUUGCCAUUCAAGGACCCAUCCAGAAUGUUCCAGCUUCUCUAUAAGUGAAGACUGAAUGUCCUACACUAGCCUUACCUGGAGAGAAUGGUUUAGUGCUGCGACUCGAUUGCUAAUCAGGGUGGAUAUUCAUUUCAGAAAGAAGAAAGUGAUGCUUCUCCAAAAUCACAUCCUCGUAGUUACAAAUCAGCUGCAAAUGGAUCUCUACCUGCAACAUUUUUCAUAGUCUUUUUCAUAGCCAUUCGACUUUGACUAUAUUGUGAUUGGGUGGGGAAGGGGAGGGGGAAGACAUUCCAAUUGUAUGAGAGGGGGAAAAACCUGUUUAAUGAGAAUAAAUAAUAGUUGCAUGUUUAAAAA